AUGAACAAUAAGCAAAACAUUGAGCCUCACAUUCAGUGGCAAAUCAAGUCUGGCUCUUGCCUUUUCUGGUGGGACAAUUGGCUAGGUGUUGGCCACUUAGCACACUUUUCUGCUAAUAGCUGUAGGCUUAACAACACCCAAGUUUCAGCUUUCCUAACCAAUGGCCAAUGGAAUGUGGAUCUCAUCAUCCAAGAAGCCCCUCCUCAAUUUGUCCCUAACAUUUUAGCAACUCAGUUCAGCUACCACCCCCUCCAUCAGGACCUGCCUUGCUGGAUUCCUAGUGCCAAUGGGGAGUUCAGUUGCUCCUCUACAUGGGAGAUCAUCAAAGAUAAGAGGAAAAAGACUAUGCUGAACUCAUGUACUUGGCACAAGUGUAUUCCUUUCAAAUGCUCUUUCUUGGUCUGGAGAGCCAUUAGAGGGAAAUUACCUACCAAUGAGAAGCUGAUCAGCUUUGGAAGAGCUCCCUCUCAAUGCUAUUGUUGUUAUAAACCUAGCCAGGAUACCAUUAAUCACACCUUUGUUGCAGGAGCCUUUGCUCAUAAUGUAUGGAGAUUAUUUUCCGACUCUUUGGGCAUUAAUACUGAUUACACUCCCCUUAGAAACCUAUAUGCUUCCAAAUAUGGUGAGAAGCAGUCUAAUCUCACUAGAGUCAAGUUCUCCAUUAUCAAAGACACCUACAACCUUCUCACCAAAGCUUUUCCUUAUAUGGUCUGGCCUAAUAACUGGAAGGACCUGGUCCUUUUGGUUGAGCAAUGCUUUCAUGAUACCAAAGUAACCCCUACAUGUUGGCUUAAACCAGUUGCUCUCAAGGUGAAGCUUAACACUGAUGGCAGUUCCCUUGGCAACCCUAGAAACAUUGGUGGAGGGGGCCUCCUUAGGAAUGCUCAUGGUGAUCUCAUUUUUGCCUAUGCAACCCCCCUGGGUGUAGGAACUAACAAUCAAGUAGAGAUCAAGGCUGCCAUCUUUGGUCUCUCUUGGUGCCUUCAUCUUGGUUACUCACAGGUAAACUUGGAGGUGGAUUCUUAG